AUGCACCUCACGGCCGAGGACUGCGAGGCCAUGGCGCGGAGUGGCGUGGGCUCCCUCACACAGCCGCUGAGCCAGAGGCCGACGAGCGGCGAUGGGAACAGGGGCCUCUACCCCAGCCAGCGGGCAAGGAAGUCCCGCGGAGACUUGGAGCUAAUCAACGCAGGACACAGCGGAGUUAAGGGUCAUCAGAAGAGCAUCACCGAUUAUUUCAAGAGCUCUCAGACGCAGCAGGAAGGUGCAGGGAGGACACAGAGCCGUGAAAUCAAGGAGGAGCGACCAGAUUCCCUCUUCAGUGAAGCUGAUGAAUCCUUCAGCAGUGCAGAGGAUUUCUUCUCCUUCCUAGGGGAGGAAGAUAUUGCACCAGCUCCCAGGGAAGGCACCCGCUGUGGAAAAAGGACCCUGUCCGCAGCAGUCACGGGCUGCCACGGCACAAAGCACCUGUGGGAUGAGCCUGAGGAGAAGCCACGGGUGCUUCAUCCAGCACACAGGCAAAUCAAGCAAGAGCAGAGCCAAAUCAAGCAGGAACUCGAUGACAUGGAAAUCGAACCCCUUCCCGAUGCUCGCUACGGACUCCUGGGCACCCGGAGCUGGGAUGUGCCUCAGGGCAGCAUGGAUAAGCUGCCCGUGGAAGUCCUGAGGAAGGUCUUUGCUUUCCUCCCAGUCACUGAUCUCUACCAGAGCCUGAGCCUGGUGUGUCGCUUGUGGAGGCAGAUUGUCACUGAUCCUCUGUUCAUCCCGUGGAAAAAGCUCUACCAUCGGUACGUCAUGAAGGAGGCCACGGCCCUGCACACCGUUGGGCAGCUCUUGGAGCAUUACGCCAUAGCCAAGGAGCAGGAGGAGUGUAUGGUGGGCAUGAUCAGGUGCGUGUCUGCCAUCCACACCAGCCAGAACGUCAAUCCCAGCGCCGUUCUCCAGUGCCUGAGGAGCCACCACCUCUUCCCAAAAGCUGCAGCCUGCAUCGCCGGCAAAGUGCCGCACUUCCAGAGCAGCACGAGGCCUCAGGCCAUGUGGGCGAUAGUGACAACGAUGGUGCUUUUCUCCAAUGGCAUCCGGGACAUCCAAACGCUGAUGGAGCGUCUGUGGAGACCGAGCUCUACGCUGUCCUUCGUGGACGUGACCGAGGCACUUUACUGCAUAGCCACGCUGCUCUAUGCCAUGAGAGAGGCAGAUAUCGCCAUCUCCAACAGGAUCCAUUACAAUGUUUUCUACUGCUUGUAUCUGAUGGAAAACGGCUCCGUGACUGCGGAGGCAGAGGAGGAAACACCUGCUUCGCGCUGCAGACGGGACCUCUGGUCCGGUAAUUGCCCUGACAUAAAGCUGACGCAUGAGCAGAAAAGGAUAUUGAAUCACAAAAUUGAGCGUGGUCAAACAGUGAAAAUUAUGGCAUUUGCAGGUACAGGAAAGACCUCGACUUUGAUCAAGUACGCGGAGAAGUUUGCUGAGCUCGACUUCCUUUAUGUGACAUUUAACAAAGCUGUGGCAGAGAGAGGGAAACGUGUCUUUCCCCGAAACGUUACCUGCAAGACUUUUCAUUCACUAGCAUAUGAAAGUGUUGGCAAACGCUAUAAAGAAAAAGGCAAGCUAAACUUCUCCAGUCUGUCAGCUUUCUCAGUAAGUUUCCUUAUCCAGCACCGCGAGGGACAAUCUCAGUACAUAAGAGGGAAAACAGUCAAAGAGACACUUGAAAACUUUUUUGCCUCUUCAGAUGAAGAGAUCUCUGAAGAGCACGUUCCUACUUGGUUCAAAAAUACCCAUGGCAUAAGAAAACUCGUCAGCCCAGAAGAAAAGAGAAUCAACGUUCAAGAAGCAAAGGAGAUAUGGUACCAUAUGAAGAAGCUGGAUGGAGAUGCAGAGAAGAAUUACAAGAUAACAUAUGAUGGAUAUUUGAAACUUUGGCAGCUCAGCAAGCCUCAGCUCACAGGAUACGAUGCCAUUUUUGUGGACGAAGCACAGGACUGCACUCCAGCCAUCGUGGAUGUCGUGCUGUCGCAGUCGUGCGGCGUGAUCCUCGUCGGAGACCCUCACCAGCAGAUCUACACCUUCCGAGGGGCUGUCAAUACCCUCUACACGGUGCCUCACACCCAUGUCUACUAUCUCACCCAGAGCUUCAGAUUUGGUCCUGAAAUAGCUUAUGUGGGAGCAACCAUCCUGGAUGUCUGCAAAAGGAUCCGGAAUAAGACGCUGGUGGGAGGAAAGCAGGAAGGUGAUGUGAGAGGCAGCGUGGAAGGGAAGAUAGCAAUGUUAUCACGAAGCAAUUUCAGUGUAUUUGAGGAUGCUGUGAGACUUACCGAGAGAGAGAGACCCAUAAACAUACAUGUGAUCGGGGGGCUUGCCCGCUUUGGACUCAGCAAAAUUCAUGAUAUUUGGAAGCUCUCCCAGCCGGUACAUGAACGGGAAAGAUUAAAUCUCGUUAUAAAUGACCCCUUUAUCAAAAAAUGGGAGGAGAGCCAGGGCUUCAUCGGCCUGAGGGAAUACGCAGAGCACAUCGAUGACAAAGAACUGCAAGUGAAGAUUGCAAUUGUGGAGAAAUACAAGGAGAGGAUCCCCGAGCUGGUGCAGAAGAUCGAGAGCAGCCACGUGUCGACAGAGGCCCUGGCAGAUUACCUGAUGGGCACUGUCCACCAAGCCAAAGGCCUGGAGUUCGACACCGUGCUGCUCUCCGACGACUUCGUGAAAGUGCCGGGGCCCAGCGGUGACCAGCGGAGCGUUCCCCACUUCAACAUCAAUCUGUAUCCCGAGGAUGAGUGGAACCUGCUCUACGUGGCCGUGACGCGGGCCAAGAAGUGCCUGCUAAUGUCCAAGUCCCUGGAACACGUUUUGGCACUGGCUAAGGAGAGCUUCCUGCGCGUGGAGCUGGCGAGCGAGGCCAAGGAAGGCCCGGGCGGCCCGUGCUGCGUGUCGGGCUGCCAGCAAGUGCUGCCCCCCGGCUCCAGGCUGCUCGUGAGGAAGCUGCCGCUGACCCACAGCAACGGCGGCAGGGACGAGGGCGGCCUCCUGUGCCAGGCCUGCGCGCGGCAGCGCCUCGGCCCCGUGUCCGCCCUCCUCCUCCUGCAGCAGCCUCUGCCGGAGCUCGGCCUCCCCUGA